AUGUUCAAAAAGAUGACAGAAUUCGGUCCAGAUUCCGGUGGUCGGGUUAAGGGAGUUACUAUUGUGAAGCCUAUCGUAUUUGGAAACGUCGCUCGUUACUUUGGAAAGAAGCGAGAGGAAGAUGGACACACUCACCAGUGGUCCGUUUAUGUGAAGCCUUACAGAAAUGAGGAUAUGUCAGCAUAUGUGAAGAAAAUCCAAUUUAAACUGCAUGAGAGCUAUGGUAACCCACUCAGAGUGGUGACCAAGCCCCCCUAUGAAAUCACAGAGACCGGCUGGGGAGAGUUUGAGAUUACCAUCAAAAUCGUCUUUAUUGAUCCCAAUGAGAGAUCUGUGACCCUUUACCAUCUACUGAAGCUCUUCCAGUCCGACUCCAGCGCCAUGCCGAAGAAAACGGUCGUGUCGGAAUUCUACGAUGAAAUGAUCUUCCAGGAUCCGACAGCCAUGAUGCAGCAGCUACUGACCACAACUCGGCAACUCACGCUGGGCGCUUACAAACAUGAGACGGAAUUCGGCGAGCUUGAGCAGAGGACCAAGGAAAAAAUGGAGGCAGCCAAGAAGAGGACAAGUCAGGAGAUCGCUGAGCUAAAAGACAAGCUGAAAGCCAGCAGGGAGAACAUCAACCACCUCAAGAUGGAGAUCAGAAAACUGGAGGACGAUGGAGAUCACAAGGACCACUGA